UCAGUGGACCUUAUGUUUGCCAUGGCAAGUCUUGAGUCAUUCCACACUUCCAUGCAAAACCUUGAAUCAGAGCACGAGGACAUAGAGGAUGCCUCAGAACUGUCAAAGUUCCUCCGUGACAUCACCUUUCAAGAUGGCAAGGCCGAAGUGGAAUACAAGAAUGUCAGGCUGAUCAACAUGAGAAGCGAUGUUUUCACUGCUUUUCAGAACUCUAGAAAGAUAUAUGUUAAGAAGAUCAGAGAGUGUGUCGAUGCAAGAUUCUCUGACUUUAAUUCACAGCUUUUCCAAGCAUUCAAGGUGUUGGACACUAAUGCCUGGCCAAGGGACAAGCCUUCUCUUGACCAGUUUGGUCACAAGGAGCUUAACACAGUGUUUGAGCAUUUCAAGGGGUUGCUCCAGGAAGUCCAGCCAGAGUCCAUCCAGAUGGAAUGGAACUCCUUCAAGUCAUACUGGAAUUCAAGUCUGAUGGACUUGCAAAGCUCUGAUGUUUGGAGAGCAUUUGUCAAGGUUUCAACAAGCAAGUACCCCAACCUUGGUCUUCUCAUCAGGGUCUUACUCACCUUUCCCAUCAGUAAUGCCAAGGUGGAGAGGGGAUUUAGUACAAUGCGCCGAAUUAAGACAGACUGGAGAUGUAGACUAAAUGCUCGCACUCUAGAUCAUCUCAUGAGGAUCAGCAUCGAGGGACCAUCUUCCACUGAUUUUAAUCCACAAUGUGCUGUUAAGAAUUUCUUCUGUACACCUCGCAAACCAAAUGUGCAACCCUACCUAUACCAAGGUAGCAACAAGCGGCCAUAUCCACUUGAUGACUAAAGGUGAGUCCACAGUUACACCAGAAUCAAUGUACAUAACAUAAAAUGUAGUAAGUAUGCAUUCAUGACCAGAUGUUGUGACGUCAUUGUUUUUGCACUGUAAUUUAUAACAUGAAAAAAAAUUGCUAUACAAGUUCAUCCAACUGCUAUGCAAAAAUUAUUUUGUGUAGCAGAUUUGCUAUGCAAAUUUUUGGCUGGAAAUUAUUC